GAGAGAGAGAGAGACGAGUGUAUGUGUGUACCGUGUGGGAGAGUGACAGUGUUGGAUCGGUCAUUGAAGCGUCAGUCGGCAGCAUGUUGUGGGGGCUGCUGCUGGUGGUGGUGGUGGUGUUUGUGGCGGGGACAGACGCCGAGUCCUUGCUGCAUGAAGGUGGCGCCAACCAUGUGCGGCAGGCGGCAAGGGACGUGGGCGCCAUGCAUCUUCCCUUGGCAGUGUCUCCCUCCAGCCCCUGUGGGAGGGCCAUGGGGGAGAUGGCCGCAGCCCUGGCGUCCAACUCGUCCUCCACUAUGUGGGCCAAGUACAUGGUUGAUUCCUGGGGGAAGACAUCAGAUGGACUGUAUUUGAGUAAUCCAUUCUCUGGCUUCUAUGACGAGUGUGUGACUGCGGCCUCCCCCAGUGGAAGAAUUAAGGGCAAAUUCUGCAGGAUUAUCAUACUAGACGUCACAGAAAAUGAGGAGGGAAGGAAUACAGAAGCAGACCCACACACACAACCAGACCCAGACCCAGCGGCCAAAUACCUUGAAUACCUCCGUCACCACGUUGGUAAGCCUGACCUCGCACUGUUGGGGAAUCUGGCACGGGAGCCUCGGAUGGAUAUGCUGCCCUUAGUGAUGCCAUACGGGAACAUGCUGUAUGACACGUGUAUGCCGGAUGCAUGCACCAAGGAGGACCUGCAGAGUAGCCUCAUUCGAGUGUUCCUGCUACGUGGAAUCUACCCCACUGUGCUCUCAUGUUCUGCACAGGAUGAAGAGGUGGAGUUCACAGAUGCUGAUGUUGGGUUUAUGUCUUUGGUCACUUUCCUGCUUGGACUGGUGACCUGUGCCUCAGUGGUGGACAUCUACCUGGAGUACACUGCCAAGCAACACCUGGCCAAAGGUGUGCUCCGUUACCUGCUGGUGUUCUCGGCCUACACCAACCUGGGCAAGAUACUCCAGGUGAACCCCAAGGCCAGUCCGGGGAACAUCACCUGCCUGCAUGCACUGAGAACGCUUUCAAUGGUGUGGGUGAUUUGGUGCCACCAGCAGUUUACACCUUUUUUAAAUAUGGCUAAUGUUCUACUGUUCAUAGAGAGCUACCAGAACAUCCUGGCACAGACAAUCUUGAACGGCUACCCCAGUGUGGACACCUUCUUCUUCCUGAGUGGGCUUCUUGUCUCCUACAGUGUACUGAGGGGAGCCAGAAGGACCAACAGCUUCAAUGUGCUACUCUUCUAUGUCCACAGAUUCCUAAGGCUGUUGCCCCCCAUUGCCCUGACAGUGGGUCUGUGUGCCACUGUGAUGCGGUUCCUGGUGGGAGGACCCAUUGGUUUUCUAUGGGACUUUGGAUUCUACGCAAACUGUCAGAAGUACUGGUGGAAGGACAUCCUUUUCCUGGACAACUUGUACUUAAAUGAUCCUGUGUGUGUGGGGCAGGCCUGGUACCUGGGAACAGACACUCAACUCUACCUGGUGGCUCCACUUAUCAUCCUCCCUCUCUACUUCCUCAAGAAGUUUGGUAAGGCUUGGCUGUUCCUGCUGACUGCUGCAUCUGCUGUCAUUCCUGCUGCAAUCAUUUACCAGUACAACCUUCCUCCUACAUCUCUCAACAAUCCUUUAAUCACGUCAGAGAUGAGCAAUGAGUACAUGCACAAGAUUUAUUGUCCCCCCUGGACACGUGCUAGCCCCUGGUUGGCUGGUGUGUGGCUGGGCUACAUCAUCUACCGACAAGGCAACACCAGAUACAAGAUGAACGCUGUGACGGUCACAGUGGGGUGGACAUUGGCUACAAUCACUGGGCUGCUGGUGGUGUUUGGCAUGUACAGCUACAACAGGGUGGUGGUGCCCAUGCCCUAUGAGGUGAUGACGCAGGUGGUGUAUGGCGGCGGGCACCGGCUGGCCUGGGGCGCUGUGCUGGCAUGGGUGGUGUUUGCGUGUCACAAUGGAUAUGGAGGUUUGGUGGACGGGUUCCUGUCUCACCCAGUGUGGCAGCCCAUGAGUCGCCUCACCUACACCACCUACCUGCUGGCAGUUCCUGUGCAGAAUAUCCUCACUUACAACACCAGCCAGGGCGGGGCAUACUACUUCACCCACCUCAACAUGAUUAUCUCUACAGUUGGGGCGGUGGUGCUGACGCUGCCGCUGGCCCUGCUGCUGUCUCUGCUGGCCGAGUCUCCUGUGGUGGGCCUCGAGAGAAUACUGCUGAGACCCAAUCACAACACACCGCGGCCUGCACCACCCAGUGAAGAGAAGGCUGCCUCACCACCCCCUGUCAACCCUGCCUUCCCAAAUGGUGAGAGGGCAGAGGAGGGCACCACCACCACCACCACCACUGCUGGCUUCUCCAACCCUGUGUUCACUGUGGAGGAAGUGGUGAAGGGAAGCUGAUGUGUGGGUGGGGAAGUGAAGGAAGGCCUGACCAGGAGUACUACAACUGGGCAUUGCUAUUAUUACUUUAGGUGAGGCAGUGAUUCCCAAACUUUUCAUUGUCACUCAAUUUCAUGCUACAUGAACUUGUUACCUUUCACAGACUGUUGUCAGUAUUGAUAUAUAUGGAAAUGGCUAAGUAGAAGAGCUAGUUCAGCCUAGGAAUGCUGUAACAGUGGGUGAGCACUAACUCUGCUACACAGGGCAGCACACACACUUGCUUGUGUCUACGUUGGCUGAUGCUCACAGAAAAACUGGCAGUGUGGAAUGGACUUGGCAUAGGCAGGCUUGGCAGCAAUCCACACCAGACAUGUGGUGGUGAUGACUGCCAAGUGACUGCCCUGAACCAUGCCUGUCAUAAUGCACCUGGCUUGCCAUACAUUCAAGAGAAAUAUUAUUCUUUUCUAAUACUGUAUUAUACUUUUUAAUGGUUUAAUGGUCUGUAAUUAUAAUAGGGUUACUUCACAGCUUUAUACAUUAAUCUUAUAUAAAGCCAGGUAUUGCAAUGCUUUCUUGACUUACAGAACUCAUCAUUUUUUCUGUCACCCAUCCAUUACCACCAAAAAAUUCCUAAUUAAUCCCAAGGGGUAAUUUAUCCCUGUUAAGAAAUCAGUUUCUAGGCCCUUGUUAUUUGUAUCAUUACUUGUACUGCUAUCACUAGUCAUUGUUAUUACUGUUAGGGUACUGUUGUGUGUUAUAGUUUUACUACCACUAUUAUACUACUACUACUGCUAUUACUACUAAACUUUUUCAACACUAUUACUGCUGCUUCUAUCACUACUACUUAUGUUACUAAAAUUACUUAUGCUAC